AUGGUGCCGCAGCUUGGCAUUCGGGGCAUCGGGGGCUGGGCCUCCAUUUUGGCAGGAGGCCUGGAGGAGAUUGUGGACUUCCGCACCCGAGAGAUCGGCUGGUUCUCCGCCGGAGGGGCCACAGCAGGAACCUCCAUGGUUGGCCUGACCUUGGGCGGAUACGUCGGCGUCGGCUGGAAGGGCCGCCGUGACCUGAACCAAUCCCUGGGCGACUACGGACCAGGCCCGAGCCUCUUCACCGCGAUUGGCGCGUCCGUGCCCAUGCCGAUCCCGGUGGUCUCGUGGGGUGUGGGGGUCACCUUCGAGGUGGAUGCAGAUGAGCGUCUGGGCGGCCCGCCUUAUGUUCCCCAGGCCCGGGAGCCAG